CAGGUUUCUUGUCGCAGGACCCCAAAAAGCACGUUGGAAUGUUUACGGUAGCGUGUAAAGUUGUCAACAUUUGUGAAACGUCCAGUUUAAGCGGUAACGACAUCAACUCAGACAGAUAUUGGCUAAACAAACAUACUGUAGCCUAUGAUAUAACAAGCCAGCUAUGGGCAGUGCAUAUGUAUGAAGCGCAGCCGAGCAUGAAAACUCUUGUAAGGUAGCGACGGUUAGCUCAGUGCUAACGUUGACUGGAAAUAAGUGUGCAGCAAACUGUGUCAGCCAGCCGGUCUCGGCAACGAUUUAACAACCAGCUCCCUGAGUGAGUGAGCCCGCUGGCUGAGGUUCACACCAACAUGACGUCCUCAAUGGUGGUUCCAGUUAUCGACGUUCAGGGUGAUAACUUUAAAGAGCUGUGGCCCGCCAUGGUGCUGGCCAUCAAAACCGCCUCCUUCGUCGCAGUGGACACGGAGCUGAGUGGUCUUGGGAACAGGAAGGCCCUACUGGCUGAAUGUAUCGAGGAUCGCUACAAAGCAAUAUGCCACGCAGCUCGCUCCCGCUCCAUCCUCUCCCUGGGAAUCGCCUGCUACAAGAAACUAGACAGCAAGGCUGCGGACACGUACCUGGUCCAGGUGUACAACCUCACCCUGCUGUGCUCAGAGGAGUACAUAAUCGAGCCUCAGUCGGUCCAGUUCUUGGUGCAGCAUGGAUUUGACUUCAACAAGCAGUAUGCCCAGGGAGUGCCCUACCACAAGGGCAAUAGUAAGGGCUGUUCGGACAGCCAGGGCGUCAGCAGCCGGGCCUUAUUCACCGAACUGCUGCGUGCCAGGAAGCCCUUGGUGCUCCACAACGGCCUCAUCGACAUGGCCUUCCUCUACCAGUGUUUCUAUGCCCACCUGCCUGAGCGCCUGGCCACCUUCACAGCUGACCUGUCUGAAAUGUUCCCUGCUGGCAUCUACGAUACCAAAUAUGCCACUGAGUUUGAGCUCCGGCUCACCGCCUCCUAUCUGGAGUACGCCUACAAGAAAUGUAAGUUGGAUAACAGCCGCAGUGUGGCGUCUGGAGGGAGCGGACCUCACGUCCACGUAGAGUUCUGUCAGUAUGUGGGUCACAUGUCCAGCUAUGUGGACUACAGAGAAUGUCCAGCCAUGGCUUCUAAUGAGGGACAGGCUAACAGCGUCUGCCAGCGCUUCUCUGCAUUUGGCUGGUGUCCCAAUGGUGCCCAGUGCCCCUUAUCCCACGAUACAGACCUCAUCAUUCUCCAGGACGAGAAAGGCAAGGAGGAUAAGAGGAGCAAGAGGAAGAGGAGAAAAGAGAGGAAGAGAGGCAGAGGAGAGGAAACAGAGGGCUCCUCUAUCUUUGAUGGGGCCCCCGAAAACAAAAUAUCCCACAUGGAACUGGAUUCUGAAGAACCACUGGACCUCCACCAGGAGGCCACCAGCGAGCUGUGCCCAGAAGGCAAGGCUCCUUUUGGGGCAGAGAAUGCUGACGGAGGCCCUGUGACGGCUGGAGCUCCCGACACACCUCUAACGGACUCUCAUGAAAACAGCCCGCAGAAAGAAGAGGCAGUGUGCAUGAAACCGGACAGCGAGGGGAACAGCUCAGCUAAGACCGAUGCUGAGAGGAAGAAGCUCGAGGCGGGCUCGCACCGGGCUGGGUUCGACGCCUUCAUGACGGGGUACAUCUUCGCCUACGCGUGUACUCUGGCCAAGAAAGAACAGGGAACAGCAGCGUCAGAGGAGAAGAGGCAGCAGGAGGAGUCGUGGCUUCCUGCCUGUGUCAAUAAAGUCUACCUGAGCGGCAAGGCGGCUCCUCUCCACAUCGUGAAAAGCACUUUCUCCAAGUCGUCCAAGGCCCACGUCCAUAAGAUGGAAAUGGUGUGGGGGAAGAGCGUCGCGGCCACACUGGCUGACAGGGCUCCGCAGGCCAACAUGUAGAUUAUACAUGAGAACACACACUGUUUUUCUUUUUGUUUAGCAUUCAUUUUAAUGACAGCUCCUGUGGUCUGCACACAGUGUUUCCUGGAGUUUUAUACUUUUGUAGUGACAUCACAUUCUGGUAAUACAUUACCAGAAUUGGAAAAAAAAAUACUGUGCCAGCUGUGUGUAUUGAGGAGCUUGGUUUCCACAGUGAAGGCAGCUUUGAUAACAUUUUCUAACAUUAGAUCACGGCUGGUCUUUGUCAAGGAAGAGCUUCUGAAAAUGAUGUAUACACUGAAGAGAUGGAUCAUAUUUUUCUUAAUCACCUAAAUUACGUUCCUGUUGUCAAAGAAUAAAUCACAGGAAGACUUGAAUUAUCUAGCUUUCCUGUAUAAACAGCAUCAUUGUUUUGACUAAACUGUGAAUCUUAUUUUGGACAGACACAUUUGUGCAUUUCAUUUGAUGUAAAUGUCUAAUAAACAGACAGUUUUGGCUA